CCCUGAUCUCCAAAUUAAUGGCAGCAGAGAGCAAAGGAAGAGUAUGUGUUACAGGUGGGACUGGUUUUAUCGGUUCCUGGACCAUCAAGACACUUCUUCAGGAUGGUUACUAUGUUAACACUACCGUUAGAUCUCACCCAGAGCACAAGAAAGAUGUGAGCUUCCUCACAAAUUUGCCAGGAGCAUCUCGAAGGCUACAAAUUCUGAACGCAGACCUAAGUGAGCCAGAAAGUUUCAAGGAAGCCAUUGAAGGGUGCAUUGGAGUUUUCCAUGUGGCUACUCCAAUGGAUUUUGAGGAAAGCGAACCUGAAGAGAUUGUGACCAAAAGAUCCAUUGAUGGAGCAUUAGGUAUUCUGAAAGCUUGCCUCAAUUCAAAAACCGUGAAGAGGGUCGUUUACACUUCCAGUUCUUCCGCUGUUUCUUCAAUUGCCAUAGAAGAUGAAGUGAAGGAUGAAAGCUCAUGGACUGACGUGGAUUUACUUAGAACUUUUAAAGCAAUUGGACGAUCUUAUGCCAUUUCUAAGACAUUGACAGAGAAAGCUGUGCUUGAAUUUGGAGAACAAAAUGGAUUAGAUGUUGUCACUGUGAUUCCCACUUUUGUUGUUGGACCCUUCAUAUGUCCUAAGCUUCCUGGCUCUGUUGGUUCAACACUCUAUUUUUUAUUUGGUAAGAAUAGCCAUCCAUUUAGUUUUCUGCAAGCACCAAUGGUGCAUGUGGAUGACGUGGCAAGAGCACAUAUCUUUCUACUUGAACAUCCCAACCCAAAAGGCAGAUAUAAUUGUUCUGCAUGUUUGGCAACUAUUGAAAAGGUGCUUGAGACUGUGUCUGCUAAAUACCCAGAAUUUCAAAUGCCAACCAUAGAUGCUUUAAAAGAAAGCACUGGGGGCCUGAAACUUCCAGAUCUGUCAUCUAAGAAGCUCAUAGAUGCUGGAUUUCAGUUCAAGUAUGGACUUGAAGAAAUGUUGACUGAUGCAAUUGAAAGCUGCAAAGAAAAGGGCUUUUUUAAUAGAGCUACAAUAUAAUAUAAAUAUGGUAUAUGGAAGGUGGAAGAUGCUCUAUAAUUGUCUAUUUUAUCAAAUGUAUGUGUUUUUGUGUGAUUGUAAAUUUGUAAUUGCAUGAAAAAUUAUAGUAUGGCAUAUGUCCGUCACAUGUGAACACUGUGACUUUAUGAAGUGUUUGUUUUAUCAGAAUUAAUAUAU